AAAUAAGUGAAGUAUCUUCUCUUAUUCUUUUAUUAUUAUUAUAAAAACAGAAUUGAUUGACUAUUGAUUUGAAUCCUGAAUAUGUUCCGGAGAAUAUUAUUAUCUAUUUGGUUUAUUAUAUCUUUAUUCAUUACAAAUGGAAGAAUUGAAAUAACCGCUGAACAAUAUAUAAAUGCAUUUGAUCAAUUUGAUAAUCUUAGUAAAAUAUAUCAAGAAAUGAAAGAUACACUUGGUAAUCUAACGAAAGAAGUACUGGUAACUGACAUCACAGGUUCCGCAAAGAAAUCGAUUUCGAAUGGAUUAUUGACUAGUACUUCAAUUGCAUUAUUCAUUAUCAUUACCUUGAAAUAAACCUGUACAAAUCUAGUUCAAUAUAAAUACAUAUAUAUAUAUGGAUCAGAA